CCCCCUCCCCUGCCCGUCCCCCCCCCCCCCCAUCCCCCCCUCAACGUUCCCGGGAGGAGCCACCGGCAAAGAUGUCCCGGUCCAACCGGCAGAAGGAAUACAAAUGCGGCGACCUGGUCUUUGCCAAGAUGAAGGGUUACCCGCACUGGCCUGCCCGGAUUGAUGAGAUGCCAGAAGCUGCAGUAAAAUCUUCCUCCAAUAAAUACCAAGUCUUCUUCUUUGGGACCCAUGAAACGGCAUUCCUGGGGCCCAAAGACCUCUUCCCCUAUGAAGAAUGCAAGGAGAAGUUUGGGAAACCCAACAAACGGAAAGGGUUCAGCGAAGGUUUGUGGGAGAUUGAGAACAACCCCACCGUCAAAGCCUCCGGCUACCAGCCUACCCAGAAGAAGACCUGCCCCGAGGACGCCGAGCCGGAACGGGAGCCAGAGGGUGACGGGGAGAAGAAGGGCAACACAGAGGGCAGCAGUGAUGAGGAGGGGAAGCUGGUGAUCGACGAGCAGUCCAAGGAGAAGAACGAGAAAGCCGGGAUCAAGAGGAAAGCGGAAGAUGCUUUGGAGGACUCCCCCAAACACACUAAGGAGGCAGAGGGGCAGGAAGGGGAGAAGAAGGUAGACAACGAAGAGGCCGCCAAAGAGGAGCCGAAACCCAACCUGGCUGAAGGGGAGAAGGAGAAGAACAGUGACGCUGCCAGUGUGCUGGACGCCAAUGAAGCCAAGCAGGAGGGCAAGGAGAAGGCAGGCGCGGAGGAGGUCAGAGACCACAAGGAGAGCCUGUAGCGGCCUCCCCGGCAAGCUGAUCUUCCUGCCUGUCCCUUCCCCACUGGGCUCCCUGGGCGCUGCCCUGUCUCGCCCUCGUCGCGUCCGCAGCUCUGGACAAGAGAAACAAAACCCAAAAUGAAAUUUAAAAAAAAAAAAAAAAAAAAGAGAGAGAAAGAAAGAAUUGAAGAGAAACCCGGUAACACGAACCCCUGAACCGACCCACAUCUCCUGGCCCUGCCGUCGCGGGGCGCAUGCUUUGUAUUAGUGAUUUCUAGGGGGCUGAUAAGUUGAUUUGAAAUAAAAGCAAUUCAUGCCUUUUUAAA